AUGGCAGAGAAUCAGAAGAGGUUGGAGGUGUUUGGAGAUAUGACUGAUGAGGACGGUCGUCUAGAAAAUCUAGGUCAUGAGCAAGAGCUGAAGCGAUCAUUUGGUUUAUUGUCUAUGAUCGGUUUCAGCUUCAGUGUUGUCACAUCGUCAGUCACCUGUAUUUUCCUUGAGCACGCCGCCAAGUGA